AUGGAAAAUACUACAGAAGUUGUGACAGUCAAGGAUGACACCAAUGAGAAAAACAUAUAUAACCAGAAUUUGGAGGAUCAAAACCUUAACAUCAAUGAGGUUCAGACACCGAAGGUGGGGAUGAUUUAUUCAUCCGAAGAAGAUGUUCGUAACUAUUAUAUAGAUUAUGGUAAACAUGUGGGCUUUGCUAUAGCAAAAAAGAGCUCGAAAAACGGUGAUGAUGGAAAGACAAGGUACUUUUCAUUAGCUUGUGCAAGAAAUGGGAAGACAAUAAGCACAGCUAAAAAUUGUUUCUAUCCAAGGCCUUCUACAAAGACAGAUUGUAAAGCUAAGAUCAAUGUCACUGUUAGAGAAGACGGUUGGUGCAUUAUCAGCCGUGUCUAUCUUGAUCAUAAUCAUACACUUUGUCCUGGAAAAGUGCAACAUUUUAGAUGCAAAAAAGUGCUCACUUCAGAUUCUAAAGGAAAAUCAGAGUUGAUUGAUCCGGCCGAUGCAAUAGUAAGUAGUAGAAGUCAUCUUUCCUCUUCUGAAGCGAAUCCACCGUCUGUAGAAAAGGAUUUCGUCAGAAUUGGAAAGUCGAGAAUUGGAGAUGUGGAGGCUCUAUUUAGUUAUUUUUCUCGUGUGCAGAGUAGGAAUGCGAAUUUUUACUAUACUGUCGAUGUUAACGAAGAUUGUCGCAUUAAAAAUAUCUUUUGGGCCGAUGCAAGAUGCAGGACUGCGUACGAGUCUUUUGGAGAUGUCGUGACAUUCGAUACUUCCUAUUUAACAAAUGGAUACGAGGUUCCUUUAGUUGUAUUUUCUGGGGUGAAUCAUCACGGACAGUCUAUACUGUUUGGCUGUGGAUUAAUAUCUAAUGACGAUACAGAUACAUUUAUUUGGUUGUUCAAGUCUUGGUUAAUCUGCAUGUCUGGGAGAUCUCCCAAAUCCUUAAUUAUAGACGAGCGAAAAACCAUUCGAGCAGCAGUCAUCGAGGUAUUCCCGAAUUCCCAUUAUCGGUUAUGUCUUUGGAAUAUAAUGAAGAUGGCUUUGAUGAAGCUCGGAAAUCUUGUUGAGUAUGAGGCAAUCAAAAAUUGUUUAAAGAAUGCUGUUUAUGAUUCUCUCAAGCCUAACGAAUUCGAAGAAAGUUGGCUGAGAUUCGUAAUGGAACAUAAACUCGAGGGUAAUGAGUGGUUGCAGUCUUUAUAUGCAGAUCGACAUUUAUGGGUUCCAGCAUUUGUUAAGGAAUAUUUUUGGGGCGGAAGUGAAAAGGCGAUGAAUUCGUUUUUUGAUGGAUACGUCCACUCUAAAACGACACUGCGACAGUUUGUCGAGCAAUAUGAUAUUGCUUUGAAAAGCAAGAUUGAGAAGGAGGAUAAUUCGGAUUUUGCUUCGUUUGGUACCACGAUCCCGCUGAUAACAAAUCUUUCGAUCGAGAAGCAAUUUCAGCAAGCUUAUACGAACGACUUGUUUAAGCUAUUCCAAGAGGAGCUGAGAGGAUUAAUCUACUGCAAUGCCUCGAUGGUGAAGAGUGAAGAUUCGGUAACUCUAUAUGAAGUGACUGAAAGUAAGUUAGAAAAUGAUGGAUCCUCGUGGAAAGAAAUAAAUGAGAUUCCGUCUCAUUAUAUCUUAAAGCGGUGGAGAAAAGAUAUUAAGCGGGGCUAUACAUUUGUGAAGAAUAAUGAAGAAAGGGGACAAUGCAACUUGGGAUUAUGGCCAUUAUUGUGUGAAGUACUGGAACUUGGAAGUGUAUCAGAUGGUUGUCAUGAACUUGUGGUUUCGUUAUUAGGAGAAGUGAAACAGAAGCUUCUUGAUUGCGAUGCUUUACAAGCUGCUGCUUCUAAUCACGAUUUGAAACAAAAUACGUAA